AUGCAAAGAGGAUGUUCUCAAGGACAAGAAAAAGGGGACAAAUCUCCUGAAGCGAACCCAAACAGUGUAUAUCUAGCUAAAGGAAUGUUUAAAGAUACCUUAUUAUUAUUACGGUUAUUAUUAUUAUUAUUAUUAUUAUUAUUAUUAUUAUUAUUAUUAUUAUUAUUAUUAUUAUUAUUAUUAUUAUUAUUAUUAUUAUUAUUAUUAUUAUUAUUAUUAUUAUUAUUAUUAUUAUUAUUAUUAUUAUUAUUAUUAUUAUACCGAAAAUUUCCAUAA